AUGACAAACAGUCAGUACUUUGGUGCCAGCCUGCUUACUGCAUGCCGAGGGGGAGAACCCACCUCUCCAGGUCUUCCUCGCAGAGAUGAAAGCAGCUUUGUUGCUGCUCAAAACCUGCCGAAAGGGUCCUCACCGGUUGCUCCAGUUCACGUUGUCAGUGAAGAAUCAGCUGACAAGACUAACUUGGGCUUUAUUCAUGCGUUUGUGGCUGCUAUAUCGGUCAUCAUCGUAUCAGAACUGGGGGAUAAGACCUUCUUCAUUGCAGCCAUCAUGGCAAUGCGGUACAACCGUUUGACUGUACUGGCUGGUGCUAUGCUUGCCUUGGGACUGAUGACCUGUUUGUCAGUUUUAUUUGGCUAUGCCACUACAGUCAUUCCUCGUGUAUACACAUACUAUGUGUCAACAGCACUGUUUGCAAUUUUUGGCAUCCGAAUGCUUCGGGAAGGCUUGAAAAUGAGUCCAGAUGAGGGUCAGGAAGAGCUGGAGGAAGUUCAAGCAGAAAUUAAAAAAAAAGAUGAGGAACUUCAGAGAACUAAACUGUUAAACGGGCCAGGAGAUGUGGAAUCAGGGCCAGGCACCACCAUACCUCAGAAGAAGUGGCUACAUUUUAUUUCUCCAAUCUUUGUUCAAGCUUUUACUUUAACGUUUUUAGCAGAAUGGGGUGAUCGUUCCCAAUUAACAACCAUAGUCUUGGCUGCCAGAGAGGACCCCUAUGGUGUGGCAGUAGGAGGAACAGUGGGACACUGCCUGUGCACUGGUUUAGCAGUUAUUGGAGGGAGAAUGAUAGCACAAAAAAUUUCUGUUAGGACGGUGACAAUCAUAGGAGGCAUUGUCUUCUUAGCAUUUGCGUUUUCUGCACUGUUUAUAAGUCCAGACUCUGGUUUUUAAAAUCUUUCAUCCCUGCGAAAGAACGAUUGGAAGCAUCAAGCAGCUAUCCUUGUGUGUUUUUGUAUAUAAUGUACAGAAUUAUAGUUAAACAAGAACUGAAGAUACGACACUGAACUUUUUAUAGCGAAUGAUUCAUGGGACUGACACAUUUGUGGACAGCUUCUGCAAUGGAGAUCUGCUUAUUGUCUGGUUUCUUUACUCUGUGAUGCCUGCUCCCUUGGUGGGAUUUGCGUGGUUUUCUCGCUUGCUGGACCUGGCUCAGCUGAGUUUUGAGGAUCUACUCCCAUAAAUAUUGAGGCUUCAUCUUUUCUUCCUCUGUUACACAUG